AUGGCGAACGGCUGGAGCAUCAUCAUCGGCCUCGUGGUAGUUAUCCUCGCCAGCAUCGCAGGCUGGUUCCUCUCUCCCAAGGGCGAGACGCAAACAAUCUGGCGCAGCUCUCUGCUUCUCUCGUUCGCGAGCUGCUAUCUCAUGUGGGCGAUUACGUUCCUGGCGCAAUGGCAUCCUCUCAUCGAACCGCGGGCGUCUGGACUGAGAAAUCAUACCGUAGGACAUUGA